AUGUAAAAUUAAGGCCUAAAUCAAUCUUAGAAUCAAAAGCUGGAAAAGCCAAAUAUCUCAUUCAGGAAAUAAGCAAAGGAGUUCAUACGAUCUUUAGAUGCUUUCGGUAUUCCUAAAGAUCUUGAUUUUGCUAUCAAACUUGAAUAUUUGUUCAUGGGGAGGGACCCAGAUAUUUAGCAGAACCUUGACUAAUAUGUAUAUUUGCAACUAAGUUAAAAUAUUUAUACAUGGGUAUCCCCUGAUCAAGGGCCGAGCGUUUUUUAAAAAUAAAAAAUAAAGACUGAAUUGAUUCCAUGUGCAAAGGACUCGUCUUUGGUUAAUAAUCAUAAGAAAGCAGCUGAUUUCCUUAAAUUAAACUAAACCUUUUUGUGUCCAGAGUAAUGUAAAUCACCAGAGGAAAUUAGAAGUGUUGCUUCAUUGCUAAGACUUCACUUCGUGAUUGAAAACUCUUUUUUUGACGAUAAAUCUUUUGAUGAAAGUGCUGUUAAAAAACAGUUAAAGCCUUAUUAUUUUUCCUCUGCUUAAGAUAAAAGUUUGUACUACUACAUGCUAUUAAGUUAAAACGAAAUUGUUAGAAAAGACAAUAUGGUCUAUGGAAAUGAUAUCAGAGAAAAAUUCGUUGAAACAAAGAUUGAUUAUCAUAUUGUUUCAGAGCUAAAUUCUACAGAUUCAUACAACAAUAAUGCCUAUAUAUCAAUUUAUGUACAAAUGGAUGAAGAGGUUAAAAGAAUAGAAAGAAGAGUGUUUAAUCUGCUAGAAGCUUUGAGAAAUACUGGUGGAUUUAUGACUGUAUCUAUAAUCAUAGCAUACAUAUUAGUUAGGAAAGUAUAAGAAUGCCAUUACUACAAUACUCUAAUUAAAAAUCUAUACAAUUAUCAAAGCUUGAAACUUAAGGAAUAUUAGUUAAGAAAGAAAACUAUUAUUGGACGAAAUAUGGAUAUUGAUGAAGAACCUAAGGCUGAUAAACGAAUAAUAAGUCAUAUUCUGGAUAGAGAACAGUUAAAAUACAAUGUUAAGAAAAAUUUUACAGCCUUUUUAAGAAGAUUUGGCUUGUGUAGAACUUCUGAUUCCUAAUCAUAUUAUGAGGAUUACCUGUAUUAGAAUGGGCUUAAGAAAAUCUAUCAUGAAUUAGAUAUUAGAAAUAUCUCUAAUGAACUAAGAACUCUGAAAUUUCUAACUCAUACCAUUUUAGAUAAGUAGCAACGAUACAUGCUGCCAUUCUUUAAAUCGUAUCUAUUGAAUACAAAACCUAAAGAACUCAUUUAAGAUAUAAAUUUCAAAAAACUAAAUAAAAGUCUUUCAUACAUUGAAGUUCUAGCUAUUUUUAAUGAGGGCAAAGAAAAGACUUUUUAGAGAAUAUUAAAAAACAUAUAAUUAGAAGAGAAAGAAUAUAAUGAUGAAAAGAAUGAUGAAAUAAAAAGUUAAAGACCUACUUGUAUGGGAAAAAAGCCUAAAGCAAACAACUAGCCCUAAGAAAAUAAUGAGAAUAUUGCUUAAAAACAAUAAUCAAAUGCAAUUGCUACUAAUACAGCCAAUGAAGGAUAACCUAUUACAAAAGUGAAGAACCUUUAGAUUAAAUCAGACCUUUUCUAAAACAUUGAUUUGAGUAGAUUGCAAGCAAGAUCACACUCAGCUUAUCCUUAAAAUUAUGAAUCUUUUUCUCAUGUUUAAACGUCUUAGCGCCAAUUCAAUCAUGAUAUAAACUUCUCAUCUCAAGAAAUCGAUUUUGAGGAAAUUGAUCUCGAAAUUGAAGGCCCUAAGAGAUAAAUAGAUGGAACAAAUUUUAAAAAUAAAAAUAAUGAAUAAGAAGAUGAUGACAAAUAGAUUUUUCCUGCUUUAGAUCUCAUUAAGUAAAAUUAGUAAAAAUGA